UACCACAGAAGCCAACCAAGCCUCUGUUGGUUUACGCGCCCAUCCAUCCAUCCAUCCAAAAGACCAAAGCAUAGAUCGAUGGCGCCGUCCAGCAAGUACACGCUGAUCGCGUUGCUCGUCGCCUUUGCUAUCAUUGCGCCCAGCCUGCUGCACCAAUCUGCGGCCGUCAGAGACGGUGGAGCAACCAAGGCUCCUGCACCGUCAUCUGCCAACGGCGAAGUCGUCUUGCACCCGACGGCGACGUACGAGAUCCCUGACCUGCCAUUGCCGGCAAUUAUACCAUGCCCUCCCGCGUUCCCCAAGAUCCCGUUCAUCCCCUGCUACAACGAGACGCCGCCUGCCCCGCCGCCGCGGCCAAUGGAGUGCGGGCCGAAGCUGGUGAUGCUGAUGCCUUCGUGCUCCGGUUUCCUCACCAACAGCAGCAUCAGUGCACCGGGCAACAAUUGCUGCGAAGCCGUCAAUCGAUUCAUCAACGUCACGGACAGCGAUCCGAACACCUAUGAUCUUCUUUGCCUCUGCCACAUCAUUAACGGGGACGUGAACCAGCUUCUGACGGCGCCGGUAGACCACGCGCACGCGCUCUCCCUCUUGCAAACGUGUUUAGGAAUAGACCCAAACACAGCUUCCGGCAUCUGCAACGACGACGAAUUGAGGGAACACAUACCAGCGAUGGAUCUUCCCAAACCUCCAACACCGGCGCCAGGGAAGAAGGCCUAGGGUCGUUGAUAACCAUAAAUACGUAGCAGCAAGAGGUUGAUCCAUUCUUUCGUCAGGAGCUGGAUUUGGUGGAUUCAUCAGAAGCAUCGAAGUGUCUUGGUGCAUGCAACAACCGCGUCGUCAUUAGAUCAGUUUAGUUAGAGCGUCUUGGUUAAGAUGUCACCGGGCCAUGUAUCAUUAGAAACAACCGUUCUUGCUCCAUGCAUACUUCGAUAAUAUAUAUGUCUGCAGUUUCUCUCUACUCGAACUCUGAUUUUAUUUGAUUUUUUCUUGUUUAAUAAAAAUAACGAUAGUACUGCUGCCAUUCUUUAGACCCAAUUUCUAGUAGUAUGUAGUAUACUACCUUUGCUUCUUUGUAAUAAACAAUAAUAUGAUUUCAACAGGUCAUUUAGGUCC